AUGAGGUGCCCAGUUUUUUUGCUGCUGCUGUGCACGACGCUUGUAAGAGGAUUCGUCAUCAGCGACCACAAAGGGGGCCCCCUGAGCGCGACGCAGAAAAGCCCGCUGAGCGAGCGAAGACACAAAGGGAUCGUUCCAGGGAGAAAGAAAAGGCACCUGAACCUGAACCUUUUCAAAGAAGAGGAGGUGGAGGAGAAGUACAACAUGAUCGACACGAUUAACAGUCUCUUGGGGAAGGUGAAGCGGCAGUUUAACAUAGACUUCGAUGUGGAGGAGGAAAAGCAGGCUCGGACUAGGAGGCAGGAGAGCACCAGCGAGGGAAGCGGAAGCAGCGGAGAGGGAAGCACCAGCGAGGGAAGCGCCAUCGAGGGAAGCACCAGCGAGGAGCAUGGCUUGGAUGCAAAAGGUGACCCAACUAAGCAGCUGCACCGACGAGAUCAAAACGAACUGAGAGGAAUCUUCGGCACAAUGAUGGAUGGGAGUUUCAAAAUAGGAAGAGCCAACACCAUGUUUAAAGAACUGAAGGAGGAAAAAAAACUGGUGGACAAAAAAUACAAGGAGCUAAUUAAUAGGAAGAUUUCCCUGAGGCAUAAACAAUUCAAGCAGCUAGAGGAGGACAUAAAAAACGGCAUCUUUAAAUCGCCUUACAAUGAAGAACAGAAGAAGUUCCUGCAAAACGUGGUCAAGGAACAGGAGGAAGCCAUAGAACCCAUAAUUAAAGAAAUCGAAAAGGUAGAAAAAAACCAAUACUUAGUGUAUGACGAAAAGAAUGAACAGCUAGUCAAACUGAGGGAAGAAAUCCAAAAAAAAAUUAACCAAGUAAAAGUCAAGUACCAAGAAGAAGCCAUCAAAUUGGGUAUUAAAAAAAUUAUGGAUGAUUUACAUGAACAGACAAAAACCCCUCUGGUUUGGGAUUUAACUCAGAUGGAUUGGCCCAGGGCCAUCUACCCUUUGAUUAACGAUAUGAAGUUGAAAGCGGAUGUCUACUGGGAGUCAACUGUUGUUGGAGGGAACAGAGAACAGAAUGAGUACUUUAUCACGCCUUUUAAUAUACCCUCUAUGGAGGACAAGAAGAGGAGACGGAAGGGGAGAGGAGUAGGAAGUAAAAGGGGAGGAUCAUCCGGAAGAGGAAUGAAAGGACAAAAAAGUAGAAGUGGAGGGUCCAUCCCAUUAGGCUUUGAAGGGGGUCAAACACCACUUUAUAGAAAAUUGCCUAAAUUUGUUGCUGCCCCAAUGGGACCAGGUUACCACUUCAACCGGUAUGACUACGAAUUAAUUCCACUCAACUUAAUUAACUUGGCCUACACAAGAAGUGGACAGAAGAAGUACCUCGAAAUUGACUGGAAUGUGAUAGACAAAAUGGGACUGAGGAUAGGAAAGUACAAACGGAAACACCCCAUUAAGGUGGUCGGGUGUAAUUUGAAGAAGUACAAAAUGAAACACGGCUUCGACUUUGAGUUUUACGCGAAAUAUGUCAUCGUGAAGGCGCACUCCUUUACAGUUAAGGCCGCGCGUGAAAUUAUUAGGCUCGGGGGGAGGUGCCUCUUGCUGAAGAAGAACACGCAAGACAUUGUGUACGCAGAGUACAACCCCGACGAUGAGAACUUGAACAGGAUUCCGCGUCGAAUUGUCUUCUCUGGGAAGCCCUCCAAGUAUGAGCGGAAGCUGCACUGGUUGCGGCGGGUGAAGAUGGAGGAGCAGCGCCGCGCGGAGGGAGCAGCGGGAGAAGUGGGAGAAGCGGGCGAAGUGGGAGAAGCGAGCGAAGUGGGCGACGUGGGCGAUGUAGACGAAGUGGACGAAGCAUAA